AUGAUAAAGAUAAAGAAACACAGGAGGAACCCAUAUACAACUUCAAACGAAGUAUACGCUUUAGGUCAACAUAUAUGUAUGUCUGCUCACAAAGCACGAAGAAUAAUUGAUCAGAUUCGCGGACGUUCCUACGAAGAAACACUUAUGAUACUAGAACUCAUGCCUUAUCGAGCAUCUUAUCCCAUUUUAAAAUUGGUUUAUUCUGCAGCAGCGAAUGCUCGUCACAAUAGGGGUUUCAAUGAAGCAAGUUUAGUCAUUAGUCAAGUCGCAGUAAAUGAGGGAACUACUAUGAAAAGACUAAAACCUCGAGCUCGAGGACGGAGUUAUCUCAUAAAAAGACCCACUUGUCAUAUAAUUAUCGCAUUGAAAGAUAUUGAAUUUCAACCACUUGACAGAUAUGCGAUACGCCCAAAACCAAAAAACACCGGAUGGCUAGGAUGGCUAAGAAAGGGAUAA